AGUCGUGAAACGAAGUUACGUGACAGUGCACAUUUUAAUAUAUGGGUUCUAUAUUGAGAAACCGAUAACUUUCGGAUGUGUGACAAACAGUAUCAUGUGUUGGGUCAGAAGAAUACAGUGAUUGUAAGACAGUAGAGAAAAGUGCGCAUGGACCUGUUCAACAUUGUAUGCAAUUCGUCCCUGUCUUAAGAUUUCAAAAUGUUUUCAGUUAAUCUUGUGGUAGCAGACUAUUACAUGCAUCAACCCAUUCCUGGGCUGGAUUUAGAAUAUUCAGAAUUCAGGGGCUAUGCAAUAAAAGAAGUACCAAUUUUAAGAAUAUUUGGAUCAACAAAAAAGGGACACAAGACCUGUUUGCAUGUGCAUGGUGUAUUUCCAUACAUUUAUAUACCAUAUGAUGGAACAGAGACAUGUGGGAAGGAGAUGUAUAAGAUAGCUACAAGUUUAGACAAAUUAAUAAAUGCUUCUCUUGGCCAUGCAAAUUCUGUCUCUCAACAUGUGUAUAAUAUACAUCUAGUGUCAGGCAUACCCUUCUAUGGAUACCACACAAAAGAGAGCCAGUAUUUAAAAAUUUACUUCUAUAACCCAAAUAUAAUCAGAAAAGCUGUAGAACUACUCCAGAAUGGAGCUGUCCUUAAUAAAAUUUUCCAACCACAUGAGGCACAUAUUCCAUUCAUCCUGCAGUUUAUGAUUGAUUACAAACUGCAUGGAAUGAGUUUUGUAUCUGUGUCACAGGUGAAAUUCAGAAGAGACUCAUCACUGGAUGUACCUGUACGAGAAGAGGAUUGGUUACAAGAAAAUAUCAAGAAGCUAAGUACAUGCAGAAUUGAAGGAGAUAUACAAGGCUGUCACAUCAUUGCUCCCAGUCAGAGUGCAGACCAGCGAUCCAUCAAUCCUGGACUAAAUGCCAUUUGGGAAGAAGAGAAACAAAGGCGAAGAGAUGAAAACAAACCAUCACAAAUGACUCCGCAGUCAUCUCAGACUCGUCCAGAAUGGUUUCCAACAGAAAGUGAAGUCUUUUACAAGGAAAAAUUGAAGGAAAAAUUGGCUCAAUUUUUCUCUCAGACUGACAAUGAAAAAGAGGAAUCUGGAAAAACACUUGAAGAAAAAACCUAUGUUUACCCUGCAGAAACACCUGAUGGUUUGAACCUACUGAAUGCAUCAUUCAUUGUAAACCAUACAGACCCAUCUUUAUUGCCAGCAAAUACUGGAGUCUUGAUACAUGGCAGUCAAGGAAGGCCUUCUCCCAACAGUACUAACAUUUUUAAAGAUGCCAUGUUAGUCAAUAUGCCUUCAUCUGGCAGUGCUGAAUCUACCAGCACAUCAGAUAUUUUGUUGUCAUCUCAAGACAUAGAUUUGGCUGUGCUCUUAGGAGAUCUGGCAGCUGAAAGAAAAGUUGAUGAUGAUAGCAUUCUUGGUUCACAAAAAAUUGAUGAAGAGUCUGAUGGAGAAGAAGAAGAAGAUGAUGAUGUACUUAGUCGAUCAAUGAUGGAGAAAGUUGAAUUUGGAACAGAUGAAGAUACUGGAAUAAAGGCCAGUAAAAGUAGUGUACAGGACUCGAAACCAGAAUUAGAAAAUGAAGGAAUAUUGCUGGAUUAUUCUGCAGUUACAAAGCAAGAGAAAGACAAAAUAAUUGACAAUAACAAAACAGAUUUUAUUUUUGACAACUCUGAUAAUGGAGUGGACAGACUAAAAAUUACUGAGUGUGUGGAGGCAAAAAUGGAUGUUGACUCUAUUAGUAGAGAUGUCAUCCCAGAAUUCACAAAAACAAGUGAAACCUCUAAUAAUGUUGUUUGCACUGCCAAGGAUAAUGACAAGGGUCUGGUAAAGAAGAAUGGGCCCGAAACCCAAAUGAAGCUACGCCCUCGAGCUGCUAGAUCAUCUCAAAAGAUGCAGAAAAUGAAUGAAACAUCUUGUAGUCAUAUUGACAGAAUAAUAAAAAAUCAGAAAGAAAUUGAGAAAAAGAAUAGCCCUCAAACACAUUGUAAACACUGUAAUUUGGGUGGAUCUUGCAGUGGAAGAAGCAGGAAGAAAAAUAGCAACUCACUAUGUCAAGGAAAUAUUAAAAUUAAGCCAUGUUAUGUUAAAUUAGAACCAUUGCAGAAUGUUAUACAAGCUUUGGGAAGCACAAAAACACUGGAAGCACAACUUUCAGGAAAUGUAAAAACAAGUGAUUUAAAUGCUGUUACUUCAGAGAAAUUAUGUAAAUCCAAGAAGAGAAAGUGCAGUAGCAAAAAGUGGAAAGUCCCUUCCCUUGAUGGAAAUAAUGACUCUGACGAUUCUUAUGCUUCAGUUGAAAGUGAUGUUAGUAUGCAAGAAUAUACAGCCACUUGGAAUGAGAAAUAUGUAAAGCAGAUGCAGAAGAAGAAGAAAAGACGACGAAAGAUAAAAGCCUUGAAAGCAUUUCCUACAACAGAUACCAUUGAAGUGCAACAGAAAUCUUUAUCUGUCACUGAUAAAAUGUUUGAAUCUCAAAUUAAAACUAAAAAUGAAAUGUCUUGUACAUCAUCUGUUGUUACAUUAAAGGAAAUGUGUGUAACAGCUAAUGUCAAGUCAUCUGCCAUGGUUACCGAAGAACGUGAUGAUGCUCCUCAGCUCCCAAAGAAAACCAAGGGAAAACAAUGUGAAGAUCAGUCUAGUCCUGGUAAAUCUCAGAAGAGGGGCUCAUAUAAAGCUUUAAAUAUACUUUUGCAGAAAUCUCCAAAGAAGGAAUUUCAUUCCAUAAACCUUCAAAGAACAUCUCAAGAAGUGCAGACAGCUGUAGAUCACUGUGAAAGUAAAAAUAAUAUUUCAUACAUAAACAAAAACAAAAUGGCAAUUGAUGCACCUGAAGACUCAUCAAAUGCUGCUGGAAAUAUUUUAUGGUUGAACUGUGACUCAAAACAGAAAGAAAAAGUCAAAGAUGCCACUACAGCUGGAAAGUCAGAAGAUGAAUGCAAGAAGCAGUACUAUAUUACCACUGGCAAUGAACGUUCUGGGGCUGGUGUGGUUUCAGUUGCAGUAAGUGAUCAGGAGACUUCAGAUAAUAUAAUGCAUGCGGAGGAAGAUGACAAGAUGUCAGUAUACAGUUGGAAGUUAUCACUUACAGAUGACUCAAAUUGUUCAUUGUCAUCAGAAAAAUUGCCUGAACUUCCGGACAGCAAUUGCUCAGGUAUUCACAGUUUUUACGAAACUACAUUCUUGAGUGAUACCGAAGCUUUGGAUGAAAAUUAUGAUUUGCAAGUGGACAAAAGUGUGCCGUAUCUCAACAUCAACCCUGACAGAGAAGAUGAAACUGAACUGCCUUCAAGUGGGGAGGCAGAACAACCUCUAAAUGCUGAACCUGAUGUAAAGUUAAACAGGUACAAAAGUGGAGAGGCUUCACCAGAUGAGGAUUUUUCUUCACAACCAACUAAAAGAGAGAAAACUGAUGUGAAGUCAACUGUUUUUAAGAAUGCCACAGGUUCACAAAUGGGAACUGUGACCUCAAGAAGAGGAAUUCGGAGAAGGUUGUAUGAUAAAAUGGAAAAUCAGCCAAUUUCCGAUUCAGCUCACACUAGUGUGAAAAGUACAGGCAUUGAAAUCCUUCCUACUAUUGCAGAAAAUGCUGAGUGUGAAGAAUUUGCUUCUAAUAUUGGAAUAUGUAGAAAAGAGAUGCCUCAGAAUCCUUCUGAAUGUAGAAGGCUUUCCUCUGAUGGGUCAUUGAUCUCAUGUUCACCAUUGCAGUUAAGUGCUAUUGUUGAAAGCCCAACACAGGAGAAAAUACCGUCACUUGUAAAUCCUGAAAAUACAAUGUCUCCAGAUGAAGUAACACUUACACAGCUACUGCAACACUCAACAGCAAAAAGGAAAUUCUGGAGGCAAAGCAGUAGAAAUUCUGAACGUCCCAAUGUUCGACGACAGAAUAGUGAAAGUCCUUCACUCCACAGAAUGCUGCUAGAGACUUCAAUUGGUACACAAGAAGUAUCACCAAAACUGUCAUCAGAAACUAGAUCACCAGGACAGAUUGUCGGUAUAACCCCAAGCAGCUCUUGUGGUUUUGAAAUGACCUAUGCAAACUUACAAGAUGUACGAGCAGUGGCACAGUGUGACAACCUUACACUGAUUGCAAUGGAAGUACAUAUUACAACCAGAGGGGAUUUGAAACCAGAUCCAACUACUGAUCCAAUAGAAGCAGUCUUUUACACUGUAGUUUAUAGUGACUGUGAUGGAUCUAAUGAAGGAAGCAGUCAGCAACAAAAACAAGGGAUUAUUGCUGUGAAUAAAUUUCCUGUGGAUUCAGAGAGUGAAACAUUCAGAAGUCAUCUUUUCAAAUCAACAGCUGUUAAUUGUAGUGCCUGCAUUGUGUCAAAUGAGAAAAUCCUUCUGCAGGAACUUAUAACCUUGGUGAAAACAUGGGAUCCAGACAUUUUGGCAGGAUAUGAGGUAGAAAUGUUGUCUUGGGGUUAUGUGUUCAAACGAGCAUUUACACUUGAGAUGAACUUAUGCCCAGAAAUCUCACGUGUACCAACUGCAGUCAAGGAGAGUAAACUGAGGGACAAUGACACAGAUGGGGAUAUGGUUGAAUUUUCAGCUGAGAUAAAGAUCGUUGGUCGUAUUGUCUUGAAUAUAUGGAGACUAUUUAGGCACGAGGUUUCUGUGAUGAGCUACUCGUUUGAAAACAUGAUGUACCAUAUUUUGCACCAGAGAAUCCCGUACCACUCAUUUAAGGAUCUGACACUAUGGUGGAAUCACAGGACACACAUUUACCGGUGGAUGACAGUAGAACAUUAUGUGACCAGAGUCAGUGGUAUAGUAAAAAUGCUGGAUCAGCUUGAUCUCAUUGGUCGGACAUGUGAGCUGGCAAGAUUGUUUGGGAUACAGUUUUAUGAAGUUCUUUCUCGAGGCUCGCAGUUUAGAGUCGAGUCUAUGAUGUUGCGUUUGGCAAAACCAUACAACUUUGUACCAGUCUCCCCGAGUGUUCAACAAAGAGCAAAAAUGAGAGCACCUGAAUGUUUACCUCUUAUUAUGGAGCCCAUGUCAAGGUUCUACACAGACCCUGUUAUAGUGUUGGACUUUCAAAGCUUAUACCCAUCAAUGAUGAUUGCAUACAAUUACUGUUUCUCUACAUGCUUGGGGAGGAUUGAAGAACUUGGACAGACUGGACCAUUCAGAUUUGGGUGCACAAAAUUAAGAGUUAAUCCACAUCUCUUGAAAAGUUUAGAGAAGGAUAUAAACGUGUCUCCCUCUGGUAUUGCAUUUGUUAAGGAGAAUAUCCGCAAAGGCAUUCUACCUCGUAUGCUGGAGGAAAUACUGGAAACAAGAUUAAUGGUGAAAAAGUCUAUGAAGGAUAAUGCAACCAACAGAGUACUGCAAAGAGUGCUACAUUCAAGACAACUUGGACUUAAACUGAUAGCAAAUGUCACUUAUGGUUAUACUUCAGCCAACUUCUCUGGCAGGAUGCCAUGCAUAGAGGUUGGUGACAGUGUGGUGAGCAAGGGAAGAGAGACCUUAGAAAGAGCUAUAAAACUGGUUGAAGCCAGAGAAGAAUGGAAUGUGAAGGUUGUUUAUGGAGAUACAGACUCGUUGUUCGUACUGGUACCAGGAAGAACUAGACAGGAGGCUUUUAAAAUUGGAUCAGAAAUAGCAAAAGCUGUUACAAUGGACAAUCCGAAGCCAGUGAAAUUAAAAUUGGAGAAAGUAUAUCAGCCAUGUAUUUUACAGACAAAGAAACGCUAUGUUGGAUAUAUGUACGAAUCUCCUGACCAAGAAGUACCUGUUUACGAUGCAAAGGGCAUUGAGACAGUGCGUAGGGAUGGCUGUCCAAUUGUUGCAAAGGUACUGAAGCAGUCACUCUGUAUUCUGUUUGAGAGUCAUGACACAAAUAUGGUGAAGCGAUACGUAGAGCGACAGUUCACUAAGCUCUUGCAAGGCCGUUUUAAUCUCCAAGACAUGAUAUUUGCACGUGAAUACAGGGGCAUAAGUGGUUAUCGGCCAGGUGCAUGUGUUCCAGCUUUGGAGCUUGUAAGAUCCUGGUUAAAGACAGAUAAAUGUGCUGAACCAAGGGUUGGUGAGAGAGUGCCUUAUGUCAUUGUCAAUGGUCCUCCAGGCUUACCACUGAUACGGCUUGUUAGGUCUCCUUAUUCAGUGCUUAAUGAUCCUGGAGAGAAAGUCAAUGUGGUGUAUUACAUAACUCGUGUUAUUAUACCUCCUCUUGACAGAUGUUUUUCGCUUCUUGAAACUGAUAUUGAAUCAUGGUAUAGUACAAUGCCGAGGAAAUGUAGUGUUUACCUUCCAACAAAAAUGUCUGACAUAAGCAAAAAGAGCACCAUUUCCCAAUAUUUUUCUACUGUCAACUGUGCUGUUUGUGAUGAAGACACACAAACUGGACUUUGCUCAAAGUGCCAGAAACAGCCUCAAACAUCUGCUCUAGUUCUGGCUGAUAAAAUUAGAGUCUGGGAAAGGAAUAGUUACGCAGUUAAUCAGAUUUGUCAAUCAUGUUGUGGACACCGUGGCCCCGUAUCUUGCUUAUCUCUGGAUUGUCCAGUCUUAUUUAGGAGGUAUAGAGCUGCAAGAGACCUUGGUCAAGUGCCUUAUGUGCAUCAACUACAAGAAAAAUUUUUUUCAUUUUAAGCAGUCUUAAGAGCAGACACAAUUUUUGUAUAUCAGUGCCUGAUAGUUAUUUACCUUGUGAUAAGAAAUCAAAUUCACACAUGAAAGUGAAAAUAAUGAGCUUUAUAGUUGUAUGUUGCAUCAGUACUAAUCUAAACUCUUGUCUCUGGGAAUUAUUGUUCUCCUCUCCUGUCUCGUUCUCACUGCUUUUGAUCUCUUGAUUUUUAAAACUUUUGCUGUGCACUGUUAUCUUCUUUAUCUAUUGCUCCCAUUUCUUUCAUUCUUUCUUUGCUUCCCCCGCUUUUUAAGUGCUAUUCUUUGUGUUUUAUUCUUUACCUUUUUACCAUUUUCAGAUUAUUUUUAUCUCUCUCUCUCUCUCUCUCUCUCUCUCUCUGUGUGUGUGUGUGUGUGUGUGUGUGUUUUCUAUCAGUUGAGUGAGAUAUGGUAUCUCUUGUUGCAUAGUUUUACAUCAAGUAUUGGCUGUGAUAAU